GGUUGGCACGGUCACUCAGGGUAAGAGGGGAGAUAGGAAUAGAUCAGAGGGUGUCUGUAGAGUGGAUGGUCCCUCAGCCCUGCAGAACAAUGCUACAAUGAGCAGCUUCUUGGACUACACAGCGAUGAGCGGUGAGGGUGGCUCAUGCUCUGUCAGGGGUUUCCACUCGGACCACGGGAUUACAACUUUCCAGUCCUGCGCUGUAACUGUCAAUAACUGCGGUGCGGAUGACCGCUUUAUGGGGAGCAGGGAUUCCCCUGACGGCCUCCCUCACCAGCCGGGUUCAUUCCAAUCUACCGCCAGCUCUCUGGGUCUCUAUGGAGCCCAUCCGGCCUGCAGUUCCAACUAUGGACCACAAAGUUUCUGUGCUACGUAUAACCAUUACGCGCUCAACCAGGAAGUAGAAUCGACCGCUGGAUUCCCCCAGUGCGGCCCACUGAUGUACUCGGGUAACAUUUCCUCAUCUAUGGUCUCUCAGCAUCGCCAAGGGUACAGUGCCGCCCCCCUGGGUCAAGUGCAGUAUGCCCAUGCUGCCUAUGGCGGCGGGCACGAGCAAGCAGCACCUUUUCCUGGGUGCUCAAACCCGCUGUCACCACUGCACGCAGCUCACCUGGAGGCUUGUUGUUCACCCCUGUCUGAGGGUGCAACUUCUGCACAGACCUUCGACUGGAUGAAAGUCAAGAGGAACCCACCAAAAACAGGCAGGUCUGGAGAGUACGGGUAUGGGGGUCAGCCGAACACGGUCCGGACCAACUUCACCACCAAGCAGCUGACGGAGCUGGAAAAGGAGUUCCACUUUAAUAAGUACCUGACCCGUGCGCGGCGCGUUGAGAUCGCGGCCGCGCUUCAGCUGAAUGAGACUCAGGUAAAAAUCUGGUUCCAGAACCGGAGGAUGAAGCAGAAGAAGAGGGAGAAAGAAGGGCUGCUGCCGGCCAAAGCUUUAUCCUCAGACCCGGGAGAGAGCAGUCAAAAGAAAAUGGACGAUGCAGCAUCAGAGAAGUCUAUCUCAGCUCCCUCUACUCCGUCUCCCACAUCAUCCACGGUGUCUGAUACUUACUCCUCCAACUAAAAAAAACACAACUCCACACCUAUUUGGGCCACAGGCGGCCUGUAUGUAUCAAAGCUUGUUCCUAGUGUAUCAAAGCAAAAGUCCUGAUUGGUGGAUGACAUAUGUGGACAUUUAGGAUGAAUUAAUGCACUAUUUGGGACUCUGGACAAUCAUGUGGACCAUUUCUGAGUUAACAAUUUGUUUUAUAUUGUGUAUUGUGUUCGGAAGAAAGAUAACAAUGCUGUCAAGACAACUGUAGGUCGAUGGUUUAAAAUGUGUCCACUUUCUUUAGGAACUGACGUUAAUUACGCGUUGCACCAUGACUAUGAUGGUGCAAAAGAUAUCCAGUUCCUUCCUUGCACAUGCUCCUGACCAGUGCUGCUGAGUGUGCCAAUGUAAAGUCCCAAAGCCACACACACAAACAUUUACCUCAAACAUGCCAAAGUUGCGCGUACUGUCCACGGCCAGUGUGAUUGCACUGGAUGUCGUAAAUUAGGCAUCCCACAAUCAA